UCAGAUUAUUUCAAGGCAAAAUGAAAGAAUCAAAAGCCGGACAAAGGCGGGAAAUUCUGUUUUUCUGUAAUAACAGCUCUACCAGAUUUAAAGAGCAGCAAAUAAACUAGAUGAUGUUUUAUUACGGGAAGAGAAUGAAUCGAUCAGAUCAGCAGAUAAACAUACAAACAUGUAGAGGAGCGUCGGAUAUUCACAGGAAAUCAAAAACAGUGAAUAAACGCACAUAUAACAACCCAUACAACACCUCCAGCCUCUGAGAUGCUGCUGGUAUAAAUACUUCGUGCAGAUGUCGGCUGCUGGUUCUCUACACGCCCUGCCAGCUUCCUCUGCUCGGGUUUUUUUUAGAACACUUUCAGAACAAUUUCUUGAGCUCUUAUGUUGAAGUGAGCUGUUGUAAUAUGAGGAAGGGGCGGGAGUGGUCACAUUCACUUCAGCUGCGAGGGUGAAGGUGUCAUCAUUGAUGAGAGGACGAGCGAGUGAAAGAGACAGAAGAGGGUCAAGUACCAGCAUGGAGCUGAGCGCGAGACACAGUGGCCAUGAGGAGGAGGAGGAGGAGGAGGAGGAGGAGGAAGAAGAAGAAGAAGAAGAAGAAGAAGAAACACCUGCAGAUGCAGGAUCCUGUCGAAUCUGUCAUCCGACAACUGGAGUGAUUGUUGCCAUGGUAACACUUACCAUCGUCACGACUGGACUCCUUUUGUCCCUGGUGUUAUUUGCCACGUUGGGAGCAGCACCGGAGGGCCCUCGGACCCCCAGCACCUCAGGAGGGGAGCUGGUGGAGCGACUGCAGCAGUGUCGGACGGAGCGCCAUGAUCUGGGCCUGAUGCUCCAGACUGUCACUCAAGACUCCAGAUGCAGGGUGUGUCCCGGCGGUUGGCUUUGGUGGAGGCGUCACUGCUACUUCUUCUCUGUGGGACUCGAGGAAAAUCGUCAGUGGAGUGGGAGCGCCGAGUUUUGUCGGGGACACAACGGCAGCCUGGCUGUGAUUAAGGACUCUGCAGAAAUGGCGUUUAUCCAAGGUGUGAUGAGCAGGUUCCCUCACCUCCCCUUCCUGUGGGUGGGACUGACGGACGCCCAGCAGGAGGGUCUCUGGCUGUGGGGAGACGGGACGGACGUCCAGCACUACAUGCCGUUGGCGGUGGAUUGGGACGCUGAUCACAGGGACUGUGCCGACCUGAGGGGGGGUGGGAGUCUCUUCGCCGCAGACUGUGAUGCGUACGGGCCGUGGGUUUGUAAGAGAGAGUCCUGACCGGCUGCACACACAACCAACACACAACUUUAUAUUUAUUUACUCACAACGUGCUGAUAGAAAAAUCUAAUUCCUCUCCAGUCACACGUACAAAGUUACUAAUUUCUUUGAAUGAAAAGUGAAGGAAAUGUGUCCAAGGACUUUUUUUUUAACAGAGCUUUAUAUUCUAAUAAAUAUGAUUUACACAUUUAAUUAUAACUUUCCUCUGUGAAAUGUAUAUACAUGAAGUGUUUGCUGUGUAUAUGUGGAAGUGCAUGUGUGUAUGUCUGCAUGUUCAUGUAACUGUUAGAGAAAAGACUUUAUAAAUACUUUUUCUUAUAAAAUUGAUUGUUUUAGAUAAUUCUUUUAAUAUAUGCUCUUUUUUAGCUUUUACAGUUUUUGUCAGUUUGUUAUAAAAAAGAUCAUCAUUUCUAACAUGUAUGUAUUUUUUAUUGUGCUAUGAUCAGUAAACUUUUUCUUUUGUUGUAUCGUUAGCACUUAGAUGUAGCUCAGUCCUUAUCCUUUAUCUUUAUUUAACUCCGGUUUCAUUCAGUUCUAAGGGACAAAUUUAAAGUUUAAAUUCUAAAUAUUUUCUUUUGAAAGUCUCAUGUGAAUUUUAAAUGUAACUGGUGACUCUGCUUUUCAACAUCACUGCUUUAAAGACGAAUUAGAUUCUUUCAUGUGUCCAAUAAAACUCAUUGAGGUUC